UUGUUCUAUACUUAGCUUCUCAGGGUCUGGGGUUAUAUAAAGACAGAGAGUCUGGGCAGAUCAUCUCAGUCAGUCUCAGCCUCCCAGCUUCUCUCUAUUUCCUACAAGCAGUUCCAGACCCAGGGAGAAAUGGCACCCAAGAAGGCUAAGAGGAGGCAGGCGGCCGAGGGCGGCGGUUCCUCCAACGUGUUCUCAAUGUUUGAGCAGAGCCAGAUUCAGGAGUACAAAGAGGCCUUCACCGUGAUCGACCAGAACAGAGACGGUAUCAUCAGCAAGGACGAUCUCAGAGACACCCUGGCCGCUAUGGGCAGCAUGAAUGUGAAGAAUGAGGAGCUGGAGGCCAUGGUAAAGGAAGCCAGCGGCCCCAUCAACUUCACCGUCUUCCUCACCAUGUUUGGAGAGAAGCUCAAGGGUGCUGAUCCAGAGGACGCCAUCAUGGCUGCAUUCAAAGUUUUGGACCCAGAAGCCACCGGAACCAUCAAGAAGGAUUUCCUUCAAGAGAUGCUGACAACACAAUGCGAUAGAUUCACUCCUGAAGAGAUCAAAAACUUUUUCACCGCUUUCCCACCCGAUGUGGCCGGCAACGUGGAUUACAAAAACGUGUGCUACGUCAUCACACACGGAGAGGAAAAGGAGGAAUAGAGAAAAUACUCAACGCCUCCCUACCCACAAUCCCUCUCUCUCCGGACACCCUCCCUCUCUCCCUCCCUCUCUCACACACUCUCUCCCUUCUUUCCCGAUCUCUCCCUCUCUCGCGGUGCCAUCUUUAAACCAAAUAUAUAUAUAUUCACUUGUCUUAAUUUGAAAAUGGUGUUUAGUGAAUACAAAACACCGAAUGUCUUAACUAAUCUCUCACUCGCUCUCUCUCUCUCUCUUCUCUCCGUUGAAGAAAAGUCUCGCUAACGUCGGAUAGAGAGAGAGAGAGAAAGAAAGAGAAAAAGGGAGAGGAGAAAGACGGGAGGAUUGGUAGUUGAAAGUUAAUCGAGCUUCCUUAAAGCGAUGGCAGGUUUUUGGAGCGAGGGAAGGAGGGAGGGAGGGAGGAGGGAGAGCGGAAGGGAAUCAAGGGAUUACACGACGGAAGUCUUUCUUUCUCUCGUUCCCUUCUCUCCCGAAGUCUGUUCCUUCACCAUCCUGCUUGUAAAAAAUUAAAUAAUAAUAAUAAAAAAACAACAACGAUUUCUUAA